AUGGACCCGAAAUACAAGGAUAAGAAGAUCAUCGAGCUGACCGAGGAGGAGGUCAAGUCCCUCGCGUUUCUAGGCCCCAAUGUCGUCCGGGGCGUCCGAACCUUUGUCGAUGCAGCGAGGGCCGAUCCCGGAGGCCUGGGCUCCAUUACCUGCUCGAGUCUAGAUUCCAUGAACCGCAAGUACGCCGCCCCGGCUGCCCCACAAGAUGCCCCCGUCUCUCCUACCGUUAGCGACGCGGAUACUCUCUUCUCGCAGCUGAGCAACGACCCAAGUGCCUUGACCAUCGUCGCCCCCGACCUGGUCUCCAAGUUUGAGUCUAAUUUCUGGUACCACGGCAUCUCUGGCGACCCUCCUAACCUUCUUUGGCGUUCGGACCUCGAGAACAACCCCUUCCGCCACCCCACCCCUGGAGAUCGUUUCUUUAAGAUCUUGACCAAGACGGCCCACGGCGUGUACGGUACACCGCUGAACGAAGUCUGGGAUGACGUUGUUGCUCCCAAAAUCGUCACGUCCAUGAAGAACCAUGGCAUCAAAUACUCCGCGCUCAAGCCGGCUCGCUUUUCAACCCACGAGGAGGGCGAGGACGAGGAGGACGAAACGUUUGGUCCCGUUGUUGUGUGGAUCGCCGUGUGGCCCGGUACCACCAAGGCCGAGGCUGUUCGCGACGCCACCCCAGACAUUCUCAGCAUCCUCGCAGACGCCAAUAUCCACGAUGUUGUUGUCGAGUGGUAUGAGGGAUCGGUCAAACUGCUGUGA